AUGGCUUCAACGAACGAGCCAGAGGCUGUGCAAGCAUUCAGAGCCUGGCUCGUUGAAAACGGCGGGAACGUUCACCCCGAUGUCACGUUUCGAAAGGUCCCAUCCGGAUACUCAGUUGUAGCCCGCAACGACAUUCCAUCAGACACGACAGUGGUUUCCUGUCCAUUCUCGCUGGCUGUGACCCCAGGAUACUCAAGGAAUGCUCUGUCAACGACGCUCAAGACCCUUCAGUCAAAUGAUGUCAUUCGUGAUUGGUCGGAGAGGCAAUUGAUAUGCUCAUAUCUUUGUAUGCACCGGAUUUUGGGCCGGGAAAGUUGUCCGCCGGCGUUCCAACACUGGCUGUAUCUGGACACCUUACCAUCCCCUGACAAGCUACGGACAUCGUUACAUUUCACAGCGUCUGAAUUGGAGGCAUUCAAAGGAAGCAACCUAUAUGGAGCCACGGUCGACCGGCAGCGCGACUGGCAGACGGAAUGGCAGCAGUGUUGGGACGCACUCACGACCGCGAACGGUGCAUGGGGGAAUGGGUAUACUUGGGAUAGAUACCUGACUGCGGCUACAUAUCUGUCAUCACGAGCCUUUCCUUCGACACUGCUCUCUGCAACUCCAUCUCUGACAUCUACGCCAACGUCCGAUCCAGUCCUCCUACCUGGCGUCGACUCACUCAAUCAUGCUCGUGCACAGCCUGUCUCUUGGGUUGUUUCCUCAGCUUCUUCUGCUUCGUCCACAAUCUCUCUUGUUCUGCAUAACUCGACCUCGCGCGGUUCCGAACUCUUUAACAAUUACGGACCAAAGCCCAACGCCGAGCUGAUCCUUGGGUACGGCUUCGCCCUCCCACACAAUCCUGACGACACGAUCGUUCUCAAGCUGGGCGGAAAUGCUGGCUCCGGCGGCAAGUGGGAGAUCGGCCGGAAUGCACGUGGUGCGGAACCUGUGUGGGAAGCGGUGCUUCGCGCGGUAUGUGCGGGAGAUGAUGAGGAAGAGGAAGAAGUGGAAGCGGAUGUAGAGGAUAUGACGUAUGCAGCGGAGACGCUGGCUUCGAUGGCUCAGGUUUUGCUGGACCGGCUUCCUAAAGGGAGACAGAAGGAUAUGAGAGAAGAGGUUGCGAUCAUGCUCGAGUAUUAUCUUGAGGGGCAACGAGAUAUCCUGCAGUCUUUGAUCAAAUUUGCUCAAGAGAAAGGGAAGCAUGCUGAAAAGUUAGCUUCCGUUCAGAGUGUUGAUGAUUCCGAUGAGGAGGAAGGUUUAGGUAGCUAG